AUGGAGGAUACCAUCACAACACACCUCUCUCCAGGAUACAUGACUACAACAUAUUCAGAACCUGAAGAAUACAAUAACUUUUUGUGUAAAAGACCAAGUUAUACUGUCUUGAUAAUUGCAGGUGUCUGUAUUUGCAUCUCUGCAUGUGGACUUGUGGGGAAUGUGAUGGUUGUGUGGCUCCUGGGCUUCCGCAUGAAGUUCAGUCCCUUCACUGUCUAUGUCCUGAACCUGGCCAUCGCUGACUUCUCUCUGCUCCUGAUCCUUCUUGCAAAACUGACACUGUACAUCAUUACAUCAGUCUCUUGCAUUGACUUGGAGGAUUUUAAAUUAUCCAAUACUACCCUCUUCAUUAUGUUCCUCGUUUGUUAUUUGGCUGGCAUGUAUCUGCUGACAGCCAUGAGCAUGGACCGGUGCCUGGCUGCUUUGUUCCCAGUUUGGUACCGGUGCCACCGCUCAAAGCAUGGCUCAGCCAUCCUGUGUGUGGUGCUCUGGGCUCUAGCUGUACUCUUUGUUGCUUUGGUGUUUGUUCCUUGUUUUCUCAAUGAAGAGCAUUACCACAUCACAUUUGUUUUCAUCAUUGUGAAUUUUGUUCUGUUCUCUUUCUUCCCAUUGCUUUCCAACCUGGCCCUGUUCAUCAAACUCCGAUGUGGCUCCCAGAGACGACACCCAGGGAAAAUCUAUGUUGCUGUCCUGCUCAGUGUCAUCUUCCUGGUUGUCUUAGGGUUUCCUUUCAGUGUGGAGACUCUCCUGUCUCGUUUUCAAACACAAGUAUUUUAUCUUUCUUUUCUGCUGGCCUCACUGAACAGCUCCAUCAAUCCUAUCAUUUACUUCCUGGUGGGGAGCUGCCGGCACCAGCGGUUCCAAUGCUCCCUUAAAGUCGCCUUCCGAAGAAUGUUUGAAGAGGAAGCCACAAGUGAGGAGAGGAGCCAGGUGCCUGGGGAUGCUGUGAUGGAGACCAAUGUCUGA